GAGGGGCGCGGGGAGGGACGGACGGACGGACGGACGGACGGACGGGGUGAGAGGAUGUGAAGAUGGCGGAGCUGCAGAUGCUGCUGGAGGAGGAGAUCCCGGGGGGGCGCCGGGCCCUGUUCGACAGCUACACGAACCUGGAGCGGGUGGCCGAGUACUGCGAGACCAACUACAUCCAGUCAGCAGAUAAGCAGCGAGCCCUGGAAGAAACCAAAGCCUACACAACCCAGUCGUUAGCAAGUGUAGCCUAUCUGAUCAACACUUUGGCCAACAAUGUUCUCCAAAUGCUGGAUAUCCAAGCAUCCCAACUUCGACGCAUGGAAUCUUCAAUCAACCAUAUUUCACAAACGGUGGACAUUCACAAAGAGAAAGUUGCUAGAAGAGAAAUUGGUAUCUUGACUACAAACAAAAACACCUCAAGAACUCACAAAAUCAUUGCACCAGCUAACUUGGAGCGACCAGUUCGCUACAUCAGGAAACCUAUUGAUUAUACAAUUCUAGAUGAUAUUGGACAUGGAGUGAAGUGGUUGCUUAGAUUUAAGGUCAGCACACAGAACAUGAAGAUGGGUGGACUGCCUCGUACAACACCACCCACCCAGAAGCCACCAAGUCCACCAAUGUCGGGAAAAGGAACUAUUGGGCGUCACUCUCCCUAUCGUACGUUGGAACCAGUACGUCCUCCAGUGGUACCAAAUGACUACGUGCCUAGUCCAACGCGCAAUAUGGCUCCCUCACAACAGAGCCCUGUUAGAACAGCUUCUGUCAAUCAGAGGAAUCGCACAUACAGCAGCAGUGGAAGUAGUGGAGGAAGCCACCCAAGUAGUCGGAGCAGCAGUCGAGAGAACAGUGGAAGUGGCAGUGUGGGUGUUCCUAUUGCUGUUCCCACGCCAUCUCCUCCCAGUGUCUAUCCAGCCCCUGCUGGCUCGGCUGGCACUUCUCCCCUUCCUGCUACCUCUGCUCCUGCCCCCACUCCUCCUGCUCCUGCCCCUUCCUCCGCUGCCCCAGAUGCUGCUGCUGCUGCUGCAGGAGCUCAGCCCCUUGCUGAUGGCUUCACCUCUCCAACUCCCCCUGCUGUUUCUUCCACACCCUCUACAGGUCACACAGUUCAGUUCUACAGCAUGAACAGGCCUGCAUCUCGACACACCCCCCCAACAAUAGGGGGAUCUUUGCCAUAUCGGCGUCCUCCGUCGAUCACAUCACAGACAAGCCUUCAGAACCAGAUGAACGGAGGACCGUUUUAUAACCAGAACCCAGCAUCCCUUGCUCCGCCUCCCCCCUCCAUCCUACAGGUAACUCCACAGUUACCGCUAAUGGGAUUUGUGGCCAGAGUUCAAGAAAACAUUUCAGAUACUCCUCCCCCACCACCGCCUGUGGAUGAGCCAGUGUUUGAUGAAUCCCCACCUCCACCCCCACCUCCAGAGGAUUAUGAGGAGGAGGAGGCAGCUGUGGUAGAGUAUAGUGAUCCAUAUGCUGAGGAGGACCCUCCUUGGGCACCGAGGACCUACUUAGAAAAGGUGGUGGCGAUCUACGACUACACAAAGGACAAAGAAGAUGAGCUCUCAUUUCAGGAAGGUGCCAUCAUUUAUGUCAUCAAGAAAAACGAUGACGGCUGGUAUGAGGGAGUCAUGAAUGGAGUGACAGGGCUCUUCCCAGGGAACUAUGUGGAGUCGAUCAUGCAUUACUCGGAGUGAAGACUAGAGGACAGAACGCCGCAUCUCCUGCUGCAGGAGCUGGCAGGGCUUCCUGGAUCUCCACCAGCCUCUGGGGCCCCAUCCAGUGUAACUGAAUGAAGGAUAAUUGUAACAACCACUCUUUUGGGUUUUUUUCUUUGGUCCCCCUCCCCACACCCUCCCCAUUAUAAAACAAUAGUGAUUUGUUUGAACCAAUGGCUCUUCCUGCUGCCAGCAGAGGCUGUCCUGAGCCAUCUGACCUUGAAUUAAGCUGACCCAUUCAGAUGUAACAAACUCCUUGAGUAGCUGAUACUUCACUCGAAUUCUGACUUCUGACAGGCUUUGGGAUCUGUCUCAGGAAUCCUGUGUGCCCUCGUGGUACUACCCUUUGCAGCAGUGCCUGGCGCUUGGGAUGUCCUGGAUGCUUGCAGUGAAGGGUUACUGGCCAGUGGACAUCCCUCCUGUUUCUACACAACACUCCUGUGCAGCUGGAAGAACAGUCGUGUACUAGGAAACACUGGGAUUUCUACACAGAGCCAUUCCUGUAACUGCUUUCCAGAUAGUUGGACACAUCUUUAGCGUAAACACUUCUGCAGCUGCUCUGCACAUGUAGGCUGACGUGGGCACACAGAGCUGGCUUUCAUUCACUCACCUUUCAGUUUAGACAAUUAAGAUGGGUGCAGCCCACCCCCAUUUCCUCAUCUUUUGAAUGCCACACGUUUGUUUUGUGUUCUGCACUGAUGUAAAUGUGCUCCUCUCCACAGCGAGCUGCUGGCCAUGGGUGCUGCCGGAUUAAACAGAACUCACAGAUGCUGUUGACGGUGAAGGCAAAACAAAGUUUACAGGUCCUCCUGGGGUUUGAGGGUAAACUCUAGGGGCUGUGAUCUAAGGUUCAAAUCUACUCACGCCUGCUUGCACUAGAGAAACUUAACCCCAACUUUAGUCUUAUGCACAAUGUAAUCUUAAAAAUCCAAUCAGGUAUUGUAAAUUGGCUAUUUUGUACUUGAUGACUAGAUUUGCAUAUGUACUGUGAGAGCCCUGUGCAGAGGCAGGACAAACGGCAAUUGUCGUCUUCAUGUCUGUUGCCAAAAUCUCUUCAGUGGAAGUAAAAAGGGCUGUUGUGUGUACUGGUUUCCCAUGGAAAUCCAAGCAGUAACUAGUAGUAGUCCUAGCUCUUCCCCCAGCCCACUCCUAUUAUAAAGAAAUAGAUAUUUUGAGCUGUACUGGUGGAUCUGGGGUGGAGUAAUACCAGGUGAAGGCUCUGUAGCCCCUUGUGUUGAUAGUUUGCUUCUUAAUCUAGUCUCAGUUAAAACUCUGCUCCGUGGUUUGCCUAGCAGAUCAGUGUGAAGUGACGGCUGUACUAGUCUGCCCUCAGGAAGGACUAAACGUUAUCUCUGGGUAAAUGUCAUGCAUUGACAGGUGAGUUUAUUAAAUGCCCUGUUGCGGUCCUCUUAGCCUGCGAAUUGAGCUAAUCGCUGUAUCACGUAUCCCUGUAUCCCUCCUGGGCCAGGGCAUCUUCCUGGACAGCUUUUGACUGUCACCUGGCCAGGUUCCAGCUGGUACCAGCAGUAGCUUGUCAAAGGCAGACAACGCUGCCGCUGUGUCCCGAGGCAGAGCAGCGCACAGGAGAGCACUGCUGGGGCUGGGUUUGUGAUCCUCUUGGCACUGAUGCAGGCGACGGGCCCAGUCCCCUUGCUGGGUGGCGCGUGUGAUGUCAGGAUGGAGGUGCAGGUGUGGUACAGACCUGGCCAGGGAGGUGCCAUAGCUGCUCCAGGGGGAAAACGAGGAAACGAACGGGUGAGGUGUGUUUGUGGGACGUGGGUGAGUGUGAUCACCCUGCUGUGAGCUUGUGGAAGGGUGUGUGUAAGGAACUAGUUUGGUUGAAGCCUACGGGAGGUACAGCUUUGAAGAAACUGGUGAGAAGAGGGAAGUUACUUUCUCCCCUGCUCGGUCCACAGCCCGCGUAGCCAGGACACUGCUGUCUCCAUUCUGGAAGCUGGCAGCAUUGUUUGGCGUGAGCGUUAGCCAGAUAUCCUUCCACCUUCCUCCCUGAAGACCUGUCUCUCGCAGCAGGACUAGCGGAGGCAGCCGUGUUCGGUUCCCUCGGCCUGCCGUUUCUCUGGGGGGAAGCCUGGAAACAGUGGCCGUGCAGUCACUGGGGUGGCUGUUCCCAGUGUUACGCGGCAGGUCUACGCUCUUUGCACAGAGAGGUGGUGCUUGCAGCCCAUCCAGCGGCCCGGGUGACCGAGCAGCAACACUGCACAAGCCUUUGGUGCUCACAGGGUGGCUGUGCCUUCCAGGACUAUCAGAGCUUUCCACGUUUCUCUUGCCCUGGGUAUGUUUGUGGUAAAGACUGAGCACACGGUGCUCAAACGCGUGGCGUUAUGGCAGCUUUGUGAGUUACUAAACGAGAGCUGAACCUCUCCCUGUGCACCCAUGCUCCGGCUGGGAGGUCACGCAUUAGCGAGACGUGUAAGUCUGAGUAAGAGCAUGCGCUUGAGUACUUCUGGCAGCUGGAUGGGUGGAUAGCUUAACUUCUGCUGCGUGUGAUACACACUUGUGUCCUUAAUCUCCAGCCAGCUUGGAAGUGUUUUGCGCUGUGAACUCGGGGAAGUGCUGAACACUUGCCGGAGCUUGGCACAGAAGAUGAGGCUGCAAAACCUUGCAAGUGGAAUGCGUGAAGCUCCUUAGAGAACUGGUUUUGGUCUGAUGAGCCAGAGGUUAGUUCAGUCCCUGCUGAUAGCAUGUGGAAUUGUUUAUCCUGCAAGAGCUGCUGUGGAUGGAAACUUUUAGGUCACCUCCUGCUGGUUUUAUGCUUUAUUAUACAGUACUAACGUAGCGAAAACUUGAGUUUUAUGCAUAUUUUUUAUUUUGUACAGACUUUAAUUCUGUGGCUUGUUUGGGGAUGAUGUGAUGUAAUGAUCAUAGACCAGGCCAAGGUAAACAGGCUUUGUAUAUUAAUGUUACAUAGAUUGCAUGCUAGUAAAGUCAGUGAGGGUCGUGUUUCCAGUUUUGUCCCUUGUACUUCUCCAAAACCUUCUCCCCCUGCCCCUUUUUAAUUUACAUGUUGACUUUAAAAGGGGGUGGAGAAUGGGGGCGGGACAGGGAGAAACACCUCUGUUUCAAAAAGAUGCACAUCUCAUCACUGAGUUUUGCUGCCACAGCUGAUGCUGUUCAGCAUCACAGGCUGUUGAAUCAGCAGCAUGAGAGGUAUGUGAGGUGGGGGAAGGAGACCCUCCAGAUUAGCCCAAAGAGUGCCGUACGGCCAAAAUGAGUAUGUGUGUCCUUUGUGAGAGCUGCCUUAGCCCAGCCAUCUGCUUUCAUAGUGCACAGAAACCGGUCAGCACAGAAGUCAGUCAGCAUCCUCUAGCGGUGUUUUUGCCUUGGUUUGCUGUAUCAGAGAUUUGUUUCUUGCCCUUAACCCCGGGGACAAAGCUAUUAACUACAGCUGCCUCUCUGCAAUGUGCCUGCGUGAGAGGAGGUGUCUGACUGAGUCUGUCCCCAUCUAGUGCUGAAGCAGGUGGUUUUGGUGCCUCCUUUCCAGCCUAAGAAGGAUGGCUGAGGCUGCAUGUGUCUCACCCCCCACCCCCCCCCAAUGGAUUCAUGCGUUUUGUUUCUCUCACUGGCUGUUGCAGCAGAGGGCGGAGAGGGGCAGGAGAGGCAAGCAGCAAAUUUUGCACUUGAGCAUCCAGAUGGUGUGAGCGCGUGCCUGCUGGCUGGCGUGGGCACCAGAGAGCUGAAGCAAUGCCUGAAGACUUACUGGACUGACUGUUGACACAGGCAGCCACCAAUGCACUGAAGAGCCAUUGCUCUCGCUGGAGGACACGAGGUGCAGUGUGCCCCCAAGGCAGAUGGCAGAGCUUGGUGUGUGUUACCGGGGGCUGACCACAUUUCUGGGGCUUGGCUUGUCCUUGGCGCUAGUGGAGUUGGGUGUUUCUGAAAGCGGCUGGAGCAGUCUGCAGCUGGGUGUUUUACCAUUGGGUGCCAGGGAGGCUUAGACCCAGCUAGUUCUUGCUGGAGCAGUUUUGGUCUCCUUUAACAGCUCCUGGGCGUUUUCUUCUUUCUUUGCUGCUGAGGGAUCUUGGUGACAGCCAACGCUGACAUUGGCAGUGAUGCAGCUUCUGAAAAGCGGCACUUCUAUCUAGGGCGUUUCAGUUGAUCAGGCAAAGAAAGUGAGGCAGCGGCAGGACUGAUGCUCCUUUUCUGGCAGAGGGUAGGCUGCCUGCCUGCUGUGUAUCGGCAUCAUUGUUGAAUAGAGGUGGAAGAGGGGGUUGUACACUGAUACCAGCUGUUGUGCUCUUAUAGUGUCUCCCACCUGUGCUUGAUAGUGAUUUAAUGCUGUGCUCUGCCCAGCAACUUCCACCAUCUUCCUAGCACGCACUGCAGCUGUGCCUCUCUGCUGGAAAUGAGCUCUCUUUCUUAGUUAUGUCCCUGGCCUUCAGGCAUAAAUCAAAACCAAAACUUUCAAGUUUUCCUUUCUGGAAAGGAUGGGACUUUUUGUGGGUUAGUAAACUGGGGGCAUUUACAGAGCUUCUCCUCCCAGAGCUGGGACAGGACAUCUUGUCACACAAGUGGAGUCUGUAUUCUCUGCAGGGCAAAAUGUUGGAAGCUACUAGAAGCUGCUGUUGGAAAGACCACGGUGCUGUGGGUCCUAGGGUGACCGGUACUUGCAUUGAGAGCACAGAGUCACUGCUCGAGCACUGCAGCGUUUCAGAGGCAUUACACACCCCGGGCAGAGACUUCAGUUCUUGCGUUGACAGCAGUGGCGGUUGGAAAUGUGGGGUGCUGUUGCAUUCGCUAAGGGAAGUAUUUGCAGCCCUAAUCGCAGGAGAAGAUGGUGUAAACUGAGCACUGGCGAGCAGGUGAUGGGCUACAGUGUAUGGGGUGCUGCUCUCAGCAAUUUACUGCGCUUACAGGUAGAUUCACUUUCCCCAGCUUUUGGCAGCUCUCAGUAUUGGGCUCUGCCACCUUUUGCCGGUUAAAGGGUGUUACACAGGUCAGAGUAGUGCAAGAAGGGAACAGUUUGUGGCUGGGUGUUGGUUGGUUGGUUUUUUUGUUUUCCCCCUAGGAGCUGAAGCCAGUGUGUAGUAACAGUCCUGUUGAUCUGCUUUUGAUUCGAAACUGCAAGAAGGGGGGGAGCCCCACCUCAGUCUAUGGGAAGGUUACUAGAAGCUUGAUGUGGCCAAACUGCUGUUACAACGAAUAAUUCACUGACCAUGGUGUUCUGCUGCUUUCAUUAAACAAACCCCACACACCCAUGUGCUUCGUGCAGUCUCCUGCCUGUGCAGGAAGUGUUUUUCUCUGGUACUCUAAACAGUUGUGUUAGCAACUUUGCUUAUUACAAGACGUACAGUAAUGUCAGCAGUAGCCUGUUGUCCAAAGGUAAGGUAAGCCUACACCCCGCUGAACACCGACUGCAGUGGUGGCUGCUGAAACGUGUGCAGUACCUUUGUUCCAGUUUCUCUUAAAACCUCAGAAAAACCCUACCGCUAUUGACUAAUGAGGAAGAGCUGUGUAAAAAUUCAUUUCCAUUACAGCGCCUUGGUAAAGUGCUGACAUGUCUGAGAUAUUUUUUUUUUUUUUUUUUUGUAAAGAACAAGUGCUUCUUUUCACAUUUGAAAAAGUGUCUUUUGCAACUUGCAUGGACAAGUAGUUUCUAUGAAUUCUCUGGAAAUGUCAGUGUCUAACAUGGAUUUUGUCCAUGCACUUUUUUCUGAAAGCAGAUUACCCCCCACCGCGCCCCUCUGGUCUGCAGUCGCAGGAGCAGCACGCUGUGCUUUUGCUUUUGGCACUGCCGAUGCGGUGGAUGAGUGCAGAGCCCACUGUAAAUGACCAAGCCCGCAGGACUCUGGGGAGCUGUAUGCCGCCAGUAACGUUUUAUUGUGUGUGCCAUUUGAACCACCUUCCAGUGAGUGCAAAACCCAAUUUUUAAAUUUUUUUAAUUGUACUUGGAAUUAACUGUUGCUGUGUACUAAACCCUCUUGUUACGAGCCCUAAAUAAAAAGAACAAAGCACA